AUGCCCUCCCUCGGCGCCGCGGCGAGGGGCCUUGGCGACGUCUUGGUUGUUGUUGGUCGUGGCUCGGCGACCGGACGUCCUGCUCAUCGGGCUGUCGUUAUUGCCUGUUGCCCUCGCCGACACCCCGGUCGGCCUCGGGACCGAGGGCAUGUACCCCUGCCGAUCAAGCUGGGAGCAGUUUUAUGUGGUGAUUUGUCGACCAGUAACGGCAGUGAUCUGCUGGAUAUUGGAAUGGGGGCUGUUUUUCGAAAUGUGGCGUUGGAAAAGGGCGCUAGAGGGUGGGGCGGUGUUCAGGCGCCCACAAACGAUCGCAUAAUAGUAAAUUUAGGCUCACCGUUUGCAGGGGGGCAGGCGGCUGAAUCCAGGAGGACAAACAAGUUUCAAGUCUUCAAACCGAAGCCCAACCACGGCAUGCGCGCCUUGAUACGCUGA